GGGGGUGUGGUGGCACAGGAGGUAAGCCGGCCAAUCAGUGGGUGGGGGUGUGGUGGCACAGGCAGUGAUCCGGUCAAUCAGCGCUGGGGUGUAGUGGCACAGGAGGUGGGAGGUGGGCAGGCCAACACGGAGGAGGCCUCCUAUGGGAAGCUGAGGAGUUUGGCAUUUUAUCAGAAGACAGUAUCAUGCCAUUGAGUGAUCUUAAGCAAAGCAGUGACAGAAUCAGAUCUAUAGUUUCAUCAAGACCCAUUGGGCUUCAACGUUCAGUCUGCACUGGAGCAGGGAACACUCUAGAGAUGAGGAAAUGAGGCAAGAGGCAACCCCGGCAGCAGCCUGCGACGCCUGGCCUUUCCCAGGGGCUGCUGCUCACCACGGGCAGGCUGGGAGAGCGGCCGAGGGUGGGGCCUCACAGUGACUGCAUGGCCUCCCACCCUCCCCCGCACAGCUUGUUAGCGCAAGUCUUCUCCUGACGAGUUAUUUUAAAAGUUCAUUUGUCAAACCUCGGGAUAGACGAACCAGGCAAACCAGAUUUUAAACGGAGAAUAAGACACAGAGGAUGUAACAGCGCCUGCACCCCCAACCACGGGCUUUCCCUCUCCCUGCAGGAAACCAGAGAUAGGCCCAGAUGUGUGAGAGGAGCGGCCGAGGCUGACCCCUCUGCCUGGAGGGGAGAAGGGAAAGGGGAAAGGCGAGACUCCUCCCGUCAUCCUCAUGUCCUGGAUACUGGGCACCACACCAAGUAUUUCCUACCUUCUUUCCCUAUUUCUUACACCCCAGCCAUCAGUAUCAAUGUGAAAACCACACUGCUUGGAUUAUUUAGAUUUAUUUCCAAAUCCCACAACAGCUAUCAGAGCACUAAAUAAUGGGGCGAGUAAGCGGGUACUGAUCACAGAACCCCAGCACGUAGCUCUCACACUGGCACAGAAACGUAUUCUAGCAAGGCGUGACUGAGAAAGAGUUGCGAGCAGCAAUUUAGGCAAGUCUCAACAAUGGGUGCCACUAUUAGUUUACUUUUAAUGGUGGCUGGGGUGUUUCUGAUGAAUGGUACUCUCUGUCCCCUCCACCUCCCAAGGUGUAAGAGACAUUUUAGGCGUGCUCCAACUGUGAGGAAAGUCUGUUUAGAGCCAAGCCUAUUAAUCCCUAUUUCUGAUGACAAGAGACAGAAAUGUAAUGAGGCGAAUUUGUGUGCGGGGCAUGUGACCCACGCUGAGGCUAAGGGAAUCUAAGGGAAACGGAUCACAAUGACAUUAGGAUUCAGAGCUGCUGACGUCAUUCCUUUCAUAGGAUUCAGAAGUCAAGACUCAGGAAUGGCUCAUAUACUCAGCAAUUUGGGAACUCAAGAUCAUUAUAUAAAGAACCAGAAACCAAGUGUUAAAAUUGGCAUCUAUUUCAUUUCCAUAAUCGAUGUGAAGUUCUCUAACAGCCUAGCAGGUUUCAUGAUAAUUUUAAAAGAUAAUAAACAUGGCUGGCUAUGGCGGCUAACGCCUAUAAUCUCAGCAUUUUGCCAGGCAGAGGCAGGAGGAUCCCUUGAGCUUAGGAGUUCCAGAUCAGCCUGGGCAACACAGCAAGACCCCAUCUCUACAAUAAACAUAAUUUUUAAAAAAGAGAAUCAACAUUGACUGAAUUACUCGUGAGGCAGAGAAGCUAAACACCUUACUGACUGACUGCGAUCUUCCUCAGUGAAUUCCUGUGCUCCUUUAACUGUCUUGUUUCUACAACCUGUGCCCAUCUUCCUACCAGGUUCUGCGGCAUGAGGAAUUUGAAGAAGGCUGCAAAGCUGCCUGUAAUGGGCCUUAUGAUGGGAAAUGGAGUAAAACAAUGGUGGGAUUUGGGCCUGAGGAUGAUCAUUUUGUCGCAGAACUGACUUACAAUUAUGGCGUCGGAGACUACAAGCUUGGCAAUGACUUUAUGGGAAUCACGCUCGCCUCUAGCCAGGCUGUCAGCAACGCCAGGAAACUGGAGUGGCCACUGACAGAAGUUGCAGAAGGUGUUUUUGAAACCGAGGCCCCGGGAGGAUAUAAGUUCUAUCUGCAGAAUCGCAGUCUGCCUCAGUCAGAUCCUGUAUUAAAAGUAACUCUAGCAGUGUCUGAUCUUCAAAAGUCCUUGAACUACUGGUGUAAUCUACUGGGAAUGAAAAUUUAUGAAAAAGAUGAAGAAAAGCAAAGGGCUUUGCUGGGCUAUGCUGAUAACCAGUGUAAGCUGGAGCUACAGGGCGUCAAGGGUGGGGUGGACCAUGCAGCAGCUUUUGGAAGAAUUGCCUUCUCUUGCCCCCAGAAAGAGUUGCCAGACUUAGAAGACUUGAUGAAAAGGGAGAACCAGAAGAUUCUGACUCCCCUGGUGAGCCUGGACACCCCAGGGAAAGCAACAGUACAGGUGGUCAUUCUGGCCGACCCUGACGGACAUGAAAUUUGCUUUGUCGGGGAUGAAGCAUUUCGAGAACUUUCUAAGAUGGAUCCAGAGGGAAGCAAAUUGUUGGAUGAUGCAAUGGCAGCAGAUAAAAGUGACGAGUGGUUUGCUAAACACAAUAAACCCAAAGCUUCAGGUUAACGGAAGACAUGAUGCAGAGCAAGCCUCUGUGAUUCCUGCCCAGCACCUGUGAGGCCUGACGUGUCAGUUCCCAAUAAAUGCUCUUCUGAUUUGUUUCCCGUAUAGGCAAGGAGGCUCGGGUAGUGCAGAUUUGUGUAUUUCAAUCUUUGAAAGCUCUGAUGUAGUUUAGAAAUGAAAUCCAAUCAUGAGUCCAGGUAGAGAACGCCUGCUGUAAUCUGCGCAUUCUGUAUAUAACUGUGUUGGAUGAGUGACAGAUGAUUGUGCAGACUAGGACAGCGGCAUGAACAUGACUUUGGUUGGGACUGCGGAUAGUUAGGGUUACCUCUGAAUCAUGUAGCUUUUAUGAGAGCAGCUGUGAAAGUGAAUCCACAUUAAUGGCUUGUCGUGGUGCCACUCCCAGCACCUGACGAUAUGCUCUUCUAUUGUCUUAUUCUGGCAGGUUUUGACGUUUUAAAUUUUUUAAAGAAAUUUUAUUCCUUGGACCAAAAGGUUUGGUUAACCACCCCCAUCUUACUUGCUUUCACAUUUUGAGUGUCCAGAGGAAACAGAAAGGGAUGAGUGUGCGAGCUUCUUUCUGUGUAUAUAUUUUGUUUUUUCUGUGUAUAUUUUUAAUCCCGACAGAACAUCAUGUGAGAUUUCUUUAAAAUGGAUUAAACGAUUUCUUCAGCCUGAAAAAGAAGGUUUUGAAAAUGUUUUCUUGUAGUUUUGUUUGGUUCUAAACAACAAAUAGGUUUUAAUCACUCGAAAUGGAAUUAUAUUGUGUAUUCAUUGAAUAAAUUUUUUUUGAAAGUAAGCUUCUGAAAUCAAGCUGUGA